AUGUCCUCCCACGUCUCUCUCAAAGUCCUCAUCGUCGGUGGCGGUAUCGGCGGGCCUGCACUCGCGUUCUGGCUGGCGCAACUCGGACACGAUGUGACCAUCGUUGAGCGUAACUCAUGUCUACGUGCUCAGGGUCAACAGAUCGACAUCCGUGGUCAAGGCGUAUCCGUCAUACGUCUUAUGGGUCUUGAGCCCGAGAUCCGGGCUAGAGGCGUUGAUGAAGCCGGCAUUCGGUUCGUCGAUCACAAUGGCAAAAUCCAGGCGGCAUUUGGAGCCAACAAGACCGGCGUCGGCAGACAGAGUUUCACGUCAGAAUUUGAAAUCAUGCGCAGCGACCUCGUUCGCCUCCUCUUCGAAAGAACAGAAGAACUCGGCGUUAAGUACAUCUUCGGUAAUAGUGUCGUGGCUUUUGAGCAAGACACCGAAUCGGUCACCGUGAGCUUGUCCGACGGCACCACGGACAAGUUUGAUCUCCUCGUAGGAGCCGAUGGCCAGAGUUCCAGAACUCGGCGACUCAUGCUUGGUUCUGGGGAGGAAGACCCGUUCUUCCCUUUGGACCUGCACACGGCGCUCUUUACCGUACCGAGAGAAAAGUCUGAUGUCAAUUGGGCCACCGUCUGCCUUGCUCCUAAGCAGCGGAUGAUGAUGACGAGAAACGAUAAUCCUGAAACCACACAAGUGUACCUGGGAUUCGCUCCUCAAGAUCAAGAGACUGACAGGCUGCUUCGACAGUCACAGAAGGGUCGUGACAUCGGAGAGCAGAAGCGCUUAUGGAUUGAGCUCUUCAAGGACGCAGGCUGGCAGGUGCCCCGGUUUACUAAGAGCCUAGAGGCUGGCGGUGUAUCGGACGACUUCUACCAGUACCAGAUUGGGCAGGUAAAAAUGGACAAGUGGUACAAGAACCGCGUGGUUCUCCUCGGCGAUGCGGGCUAUGGACCUAGCCCUUUGACUGGCUCUGGCACCACAUUGGCGUUUGUGGGUGCGUAUGUUUUGGCUGGCGAGAUUUCAGAGCACUGCGCUGGAUCCAAGGGAAAGAUGGGCGUAUCAGCUGCCCUUAAAGCUUAUGACAGCUCUUUGCGACCUUUUGUGAAAACGGUGCAGGAUAUCAAGUUCAAGCCUACUGCGUUAUAUCCCAAGUCAGCCUGGGGUGUAUCGUUUGUGAAUACCAUUUUGUGGCUGGUUGCAAUUUUUCGAAUUGACAAGCUUUUCCUUAGGCUUCAGUCGGAUAAUGUUGAAGGAUGGAAUCUUCCUGACUAUCCUGCAUUGCCGGUAAAAGAGGGGAAGAGCGAUACUGAAACUGAUUGA